AUGGCUUCAAACAGUUCAAAUCCCGAGGUUUCGACUCAAGCUUCAGAGGAGGCUUCGAAAGCGGCGUCGAGCAAUGAAAACUCAGCCACCAAGGGCGACCCUUAUGACAUUGCCACAAUAACUUACAAUUUGCGUGAGGCCGCAACCUUAACUCUGCAAUUGAAAGAUUACGUCUCAUACGCCACUCUUCUCGAUGUGUACAUGGGAGUUCCUACUAGGUUUUCUGAUGUUGACCGUGUGUUACUGCUUCAAACUCUCCUUGAUAUUCUUCGAUCAAGCGAUGUGCUUACCUACAAUAUUGCUUGGAAUAUUCCAGAUUUGCUACUUCCAUAUUUUGACCAACAUUUUGAUUUCGAUCACCAAAGCUUAGCCGAUACUCCCUUUAUUAAACUGCUUCUUGCAACCUUUUCCCAUAUCGCCGAAAAAGGAAAUCCCAAAGAACUUAACCUCAAAGCACUAGAAACUUUAUCACGAUUAUCUGUGAUUGCUAAUUAUAAUGAAAUCCAUCAAAAAUCCCCAAAAGUAAAAAACGAAGAUAGUGAAGGAGGAUAUGAGGAAGGAGAUAAAGAUGAAGAAGGAGAAGGGGAAGGAGAAGAAUAUGAUUAUUUCGACAACGAUGAUUCUGACGAUGAUACAGGAAAUCCAUUCUUUGACGACCAAUUCAACUACUCCAAGAGUGAUUUUGAAUCCCGAGCUAGAGUUGCCGAACGGUUCUUAGAUCUUAAGUUUGUGGCUCUUUUCGAAACCAUAUCAACCACCCUUAAAAGAAUUACUACCUCUUACCCAUCUCGAUUUCUCGCCACUGCAACAACUGGUCUUCUUUCUUUCUUUGCUUCAAAUGUUCCUAGGCUUUCCCUUCAUGGUCUUGUUUUUGUUGUUCGAAGACUAUAUCUUUUCGUUCGUGACUAUAACCCUCUCUUAAAUGAUUCUGUUACCGAGAUGGAAAAAGAACUUCUCAGAAAGCUUUUACAAUCAUUUAUAACUUUCCUCUUCGAAAUCCUCUUUUCAACUACAUCCGUCAAAUGGUCCCAUCGCCUUUAUGUUGAGCUUCGUAACAAUGUUGCUCUUGAGAUCCAGCAAAUUAAACGCGAACGCUUUUAUGUUCUUCAGAAUUAUACAUUUCAAAUUAAUGAUCUUUCGGAACGAAUUGAACAACUUGGAAUGUCGAUAGAUAUGGAUGUUAAUUCUCUUUUUAAAGAAUUAGUUUCUGAUCUUGUUGAAAAGUACGAUAAGAAUAACCUUUCACUCCCAGAUACUUUGAACACAGUCAGCGACGAUACUGCUUCUGAAACUAGUACCAUUAGACCGGAUUCCUUGCCUUUUGAUUUUCAAGGUGCUAAGGCCCCUGAAAACGUUCAUCUUUCUAAAGAGGGCAUUUUACUUUUUGUUACCCAGGUUCGCUUUGAAAACAGACAUAAUCCAGAAAGUCCAGCAUUCAAGUCUUUUCAAGACCUCAUAAAGGUAACACAUGAGUUUAUUCUAGGCAGUGCAAGUCCAUAUUCUCUUCAAGGUGAUAACGAAUCAGAAACUGCUGCUAUUCCUAGCUCUGGUGUUUGUGACGCUUUGGCUUUUUGGGCUUUGUGGACUCUUCGAAACGUUAAAUCUACUCAGCAAUUAUUGCACCAGGUUCCUUCAGAAAAAAUGCUUAUUGAAUACCUUCAGCUACUUACCAUGAUGGCAGUCCAUAUCAACCCUGAUCGUGAGGGAGAUCUUAAGGCUUUACUUUACUCAGUUAUUUUGCGAAUUCUUUCCCUACACACACAUGCUAUGCGCUAUGGAUACCUUGUUGAUACAAUUAAAUCUUGUCCGUUUAGCGAGUCGAAACAAAUGGCUAUUCGCCAUUUGAAGGAUUUCCUUGUAGCUAAAAAGUUAACUCAACAUAACAAAUCUGCUCAAAGUAAUACAGUUGAUGGAGAAAGUCUGUUGGAUGAAAAGUUGAAAAAAUUGGAUAUUAAUGAUGAGAAAACCCAACAUCAUGCUACUUCAUUCAAUCCCGAUUUGGUAGUGCGACCAAACCUUCUUGUGGAGCAGGACCAGAGCGAAGAAAGCUGCGAAAAACUCUCUGCUGAAGAGAAUGAAGAAGUAGCCACUCUUAUUUCAUUGGCGAUUAAAUCGGCCACUGAAAUUUCUUCCAGACAAUUUCAAGACCAAGAGAAAGGAGAAGAUGAUGGCGUGAGUUUGCAUUCUGGCAAUGAGGAGGAAGAUGAAGAGGAAGAAAUUGACUUCAGUGUACUCGGAGCUUGGGCUAACUUUGUAGCGGCUGGUGCGUUGACUCAAUCUAUUACAAAUCAGGUUGCUAGCAAGUUUGAUACUUUUGUAAAUCAUCUUAAGGAUCUUUGUAAAGAUGGGAGUGAAGUUGACGAAGAUGAAUUUUUACUGUUGCGCCAGGCAGAGCUUUUGGAGCUUCUUGUUGGCAGCAUUAAAAGAGAAUAG